AAAGAAAUUACAUCUAUUUAAGCAGCCAGAAAAAAAAUGAUUCUUUCUAAGACAUUUCGGUCGAUAAAAUCUCCGAUCUUUAACAAAUCAAAACUGCCCUCAUCAGAAGACCCAUCAUCAUCUUCUUCUUCUUCAACAUUAAUAAUACCGAUUUCAAGAGUGAGAUCAUGGUGUGUGUAUCUUAUUCUUUCCACAAACCCUCCCAUCAAAACCUAUGUUGGUGUCACCAACCAUUUCUCUCGCCGCUUGAAUCAACAUAAUGGUGAACUUAAAGGUGGAGCAAAAGCAUCCCGUGCAGGAAGGCCAUGGGUCUGUGCAUGCAUUGUUCAUGGCUUUAAUGAUCGAAGUGAAGCUUGUGAGUUUGAAUCAAAAUGGAAAAAUUUGUCAAGAAAAUUGCAUAGAAAAGGUAAAAGUGAUGGUGAAACGAAGCAGAGUGUUGAUGCAUCACAUGCGUUGCUGCAGCACAGGCAAAAAGCCCUUGAUAGAACUAAAGAUUCAUUUGAUUGCAGUCACUUGGAGAUUGACUGGAAAAUUAAUACUUCCUAAUUUGAACUAUUCUAUAGUUUCUAAAAGAUUGUCAAAAUAAAUUUAUGAAUCAAUUGGUAUUUACUGUAUAUUUGCUGUAUAGAAUGUGAAUUAUGUCAUUAUGAUACUUCAGUUAACUAGUUGACAGAAAUGGAAGUUGUAGAUGGAAUGGCCACUGUUAUAUAUUAGAUGCACUAAUUAAAAUAUGAUUUUUUUCUA